CUUUCGAGGCGCUUCCACCCAUUAACCCGGAAUGUCUAGAAGGAUGGAAUUUCCAUCAAGUCAUUCGAGUGAAUACUUGCACCAAGGGACACAGCAGUGUCGUUCAAGCGGCUAGCUCAAGGCAAACCAUCUGUCCACUAGCGCUCGUCGGAAUUUUGUGACGUUUCAAGAAGCCUUCUCAUGACCCUUGUCCCUGCAUUCACCCCCCAUCCUCCUCCUCCACACGUCUCGACAUGGGCGCCAUGCACAAUGGGGCGAUCCUGCAUUUUCCGGAUCGCUCUCAGAAACUUGUAUAAUUCAUGCCGUGUCCCAGGUCUCCUGGCCCGGCCGUCUCUUCUCUCUUCUUCAGUCCAUAGUCAUCAUCAGUUGGGGUGUCUGCCUUUCCGAGUUCUCUUCUCUCCUUCUCUUCGGUGCCGCCGUCUGUUCUUAAUCUUCAACCCAGGCUAGUCCUGUCUUAUUGCACAGCGCCAGUCGCUCUACGCAUCUUCAGUCGCUCCUUUCGAC